AUGGGCGACAACCAGAACUGGGCGGAGCUCUACCGCGACUCAAUGGCCAAGUGCCCAUACGGCCACGCCUUCUUUGAGCCCCCCGUACUUGGUUCCAGCUUCGGUCUGGGCAAAGUCGGUUAUAUGGACGACCAAGGGCGCUGGCGACUGAUAAUCGACCUGGCGGACAAACAAGCCCUGACAGACGGGAAGUACACGGCAUUCCGUUUUCCCGUGGAGGCGGACCCUGACGCUCAGACAUGGGGUCCUGUGAAGUCGGCCAACGUGGCCGAAACCAAGAUCACGCUGAGUGGCGAGGCCGAUGCGGCGGCUCUUGGCAUCCCGGCCGGCUUCGGAGGGGCCGUUGAGUACGAGUCCACCAGCAACUUCGGCGCCUUGCUUAUGUCGGACGUGGACGUCGAAGUCACCGGAUACGACGUCCGGGGCCCCUUUAUCAAGUGGCUCGAGCACAACGCGGCCACGAUCAGGAAGAACCACAAGACCGAGAUCGGAUCACGGACACUGCACGCUGUGAUUGGAAUUUACGCGUCGACUGACAUCUUCAUCCACGUCAUGAACGAUCGUGGGAGGAAGGUCGUGGUGGGGUUCAAAGCCGCUGCCCCUUGCGCAGCGAGUGCCGACCUUGGGACUACCUGGGCGAGAUCGUCUGUUGGCUCGCACUGGAGGCAGGUGAACAAGAACGAUGACAAGGUCAAGAAGGCCAUGUUUGCUCUCAGCGUUACGCUGACUUUCGGUAUCUUCGGCCGAAAGGAGGUUCGUGGCAGUUCCAGGACCAAAUUGCUUGAACUUAAGGAUCCGGAAGGGCAAGACUCUUGCGAAGCCUUGAUUGACUCCAUUGGACGAUUUCCUGGGGAAAUGGGUGCCUAG